AUGAGAGAUGUCUCUGAAGAUGCAGAUGGGGGCAUUUGUGCUACUACCGAUAAUGUUCACUGCGCAUGGAAUUCCCAAGACACAUCCAUGGACCGAGAAACCAGGCCUGCAGAAAGCGAGGGGGCUUCGUUUGAGAUGACUGCUGCAGGUGUUGACAUCGGACAUCAACAUCGCAGGUACUCGGCUCUGCAAAUACACGAAGAUGAUGGGGACGAGCUCGCCGUCGACGAUAUUCGCGUGCAGGCUCCCGACAACCUGUCGUCGCCUCCAUCUUAUCACCUGCUAAGUCACGGUCAAAAUGGCACCACCAAGACAGGCCCGGGCGCGUCCACGCACGAGACCGCGACUCCAGACGAUGAUACAGAAAGUUACAAACAGCACCACGAUGGCGGCGACAGAAGGCAAAUGCCGCCGAGGACACUCACUCCUUUAACAAACCACCAGAUCGCCCUGCUCAUCUUCGAGCUGCUUGCGGUGGUGGCUGCGAUCGUCGCGGGCAUCAAAGGGCUAGUCAUGUUGCCGCAACUAAACAUCUUUUCUGUGCCGCCCAUGACCCAGGACUGCGGAGGUUACAGCGUACCUGCUGUAGAACGGGGCUUCUACAUUAAUCUGCAGGUUGCUCAAAAGUUGUCUUUUACCCGGGCGAAAUUGCUUGACCUGGCAUGGGACACGGUGGUCGGGCAGGGUGGUCGGUUCCUCCACGCUUUUGUUCUCUACCAGGUCGCGGCGUCACAGCUGGCUUGGAUGAUGGAGUACUCAUUGGUGCCGUACUACUUCCAGCUUGACAUCCUCUUCUCGACGGCUUCUCUCUCGGCUCUGUGGUCCACUCUACGAUUCCUGGGCACGAAGCGACCCGCUCGCGCCGUCUUCUCGGCAGUGUGGUUCCUCCUCGCCAUCGUGUACGUCCUCGCUUUUUCGUCCAUCUGGGGCGCUGCGACGGGAUACCUGAGCCCCAGUAGGCCUGCGUACAUGAUGGAGGAUAAUUCAUAUGUCACCUUCGACUCGGACAAUCUUAACGUAUGCAUCACUGUUGACAGUGAGAGGCUCAACGGGACUGUGCCGGCUAUUGUGCAAGGACCAAAACUGAGCAGUUGUUUGGACGACUUUGGGAAACUUGGUGAUAUCAUUGGCAAAGAUGAUCAUAGAAUAUCCGGCGGCUACGUCGGCUACGGCAGCUUUCCCACAUGCGAUCUCACGAACAGCACGGAAGAAUGGUUAAAUAUCAUUGCUUAUUCCAGAACCGCAUUGACUAUCCAGUCCUUCUACACCGGGGCAAAUUCAUCUUUCAUGAACGAAAGCACAGAUUUCAACCUUUGGGGGUACAGGUCUUAUUCCGACUUCUCUCGUGUCACAGGUGUUGAUGUGCGCACCGAGAAUCGCCCCGGGCGGUAUGGUUACACGUUGACGGGCGGCAAGUCAACCGGCGGAAGGUCCGCAGUGCCGGGACUGUACCGCCAGUUCACCGGCUUCCAGUUCGCGGGCGCGGGCCAGGAAGUCACGAACCCGGACACGCCGUGGUUCAAUGUCACUUUCGAGCUGGACCCGUCGAUCAGGGUGAAGACUUAUAACAGAAGCAGCGUCUGGGAACUACUCAAUUAUCCCCUAAACCCGGUGCCCUAUAACUCGACACUGUGGUGGAAGGGCUCGGCGAUCCCGCUUGAGGCGCCGUUCUUGAACUUCCCCGCGCGAGCGGAAGAAUGCGGUUGGUACGGGGUCGACGGGCUGUGUGUCUGCUACCAGGGCACACCGCUUAUGGCUGACUUCCAAGAUCCCAACAACCUGAUCUGUAUCAGCGAGGAGGGUUACGUGUGGGGUUUCUCGAGAGUGAUCACGCUCAUCGGCCUUAUCCUCGAGGUCUGCUGGAUCAUAGGCUGCUUUGGGAUGUGGCUCGAUGUGCACAUCAACAGCAACCUGUUUCGGAUGAACCGGCGGGGCUCCGGGGUGGUGCGGAACAUCCUCGAUAUUGCGGGCGCAAUACAGACCGACCUGGGCCGUGACACGGGAGCGUAUGGGAAUAGCGCCCUGCUGAGGGAGCUGGAGAAACUGCCACCGGUGGCGUAUGAAGUUGUCGAUGAAGGUCAGCAGGGUCGGAUCUCUAUAGCCUCGAUGUCGGGGGCGAGGAGACGGGGGCCUGGCCUCCAGGCUGGCAAGUUGUACGCAUAA